AUGUCGAACGUGUUUUUCCCUUACUCCAAGGCGCCUUUGCGCACCAUCAAGGAGAUCCAGUUUGGUCUCUUCGCACCCGAGGAACUCAAGCGGAUGAGUGUGGUACAUGUGGAAUACCCGGAGACGAUGGUGAGUCUCCUUUCUUUGUCUGCCGGUCACUAG